AAGCCCGAUCUAUAUCAUUCUAGUUUUUGAGUUCCAAAAAACUAAACCUAAAAAAGGCCAACAACACCGAUUCAUGGCAGCGGUCGUAGAGAAGUCUGCAGCGGAGGUUGCACGGGGAGACGAGGUAGAAGGGAUGAGCGGCAACAGCAACAGCAACGGCAGCAGCUUGAGAACGGCGGAGACUCUGCUGCGACUGCUACCUAUUGCUCCUUGUGUAGCGGCUCUGCUGGUCAUGCUUCACGAUUCCCAGAACAAUGAGUUCGGCUCCGUUUCCUACUCGCAUAUUGGAGCUUUCAGGUUUUUGGUGCAUGCCAAUGGCAUAUGUGCUGGUUAUGCCCUUCUGUCUGCUAUCAUAUCUGCCAAGUCUCGUCCUCCCACCAAGUCUCUAGCCUGGACUUUCUUCUGCAUAGAUCAAUUGCUUACGUACAUAAUUCUGGGAGCUGGAGCUGUGUCGACGGAGAUUCUGUACUUGGCUUUCAAAGGAGAUUCAACUAUAACGUGGAGUCCGGCUUGUGAGAGUUAUGGUGGAUUCUGUCACAAAGCCACAACUUCUGUGGUCAUUACAUUUCUGGUGGUGGCUUGCUUUGCUAUCAUUUCACUUAUUUCAUCAUACAAACUCUUCAGCAAGUUUGAUGCUCCAGCAUCAACCCCAUGAAGGGCAGUCAAGCUGCCACCUUCGGUUGAUGAUCGAUGAUGAUCUUCCAUGGUCCAGAACCGUUACUUAAUUUUUCGUCGGAUUAUUACUGCCAGUUACUUGCAUUGAAUAAAAACUACAAAUUAAUUUGUGUUUGUGUAUUAUUGGCAUUUGGUAGUUAUAAUGUGUGUCUGGUACUGUAUUGCUUCCUCUAAUUCCCAACAGUACUAGAAAGGAACUAAUGAAUGUUUCUAUA